AUGACUAAUUUACUUGUAUCGUUAAAUGGUUUGAAUUAUUUUUCUGUAAUAAAUGAAUCAUCAUCAUCAUCAUCAUCAUCAUCAUCAUCAUCAUCAUCAUCAUCAUCAUCAUCAUCAUCAUCAUCAUCAUCAUCAUCAUCAUCAUCAUCAUCAUCAUCAUCAUCAUCAUCAUCAUCAUCAUCAUCAUCAUCAUCAUCAUCUACCUUUUCUAUGAUAAUGUCGGUAAUUAACUUUUAUUCAAUGAAUAUAACUAAAUAA